AUGAGCACGUCAAACUCUUCUGCACUCAGGAACCAAGAAAACCAGACUGAUGAAGUCACUUUCAUUCUUUUGGGCUUCUCAGAAUAUCCAGAACUCCAGGUGCCUCUGUUCCUGUUGUUCCUGACCAUCUACACUGUCACUGUGCUGGGGAACCUGGGCAUGAUCAUGACCAUCAAGAUCAAUCCCAAACUCCACAUCCCCAUGUACUACUUUCUCAGCCAUUUGUCUUUCGUUGAUUUCUGCUACUCUACGGUGGUUACACCUAAACUAUUAGAAAACUUGGUCGUGGAAGACAGGACCAUCUCCUUCACAGGAUGCAUCAUGCAAUUCUUCUUGGCUUGUAUAUUUGUGGUGACGGAAACAUUCAUAUUGGCAGUGAUGGCCUAUGACCGAUUUGUGGCAGUGUGUAACCCUCUUCUCUACACAGUUGUCGUGUCUCAGAAGCUUUGUUCCCUCAUGGUAGGUGCAUCGUACUCUUGGGGUAUAGCUUGUUCCCUGACCCUUACCUACUUUCUAUUGGAAUUACCCUUCAGAGGAAAUAAUAUCAUAAAUAACUUUGUCUGUGAGCACUCUGCCAUUGUCUCUGUGUCUUGUUCUGACCCCUACAUUAGCCAGAAGAUCAUUUUAGUCUCUGCCACAUUCAAUGAAAUAAGCAGCCUGAUGAUCAUUCUUACUUCGUAUGUUUUCAUUUUUAUUACUGUCAUGAAGAUGCCUUCAACGGGGGGGCGCCACAAAGCCUUCUCCACAUGUGCCUCCCACCUGACGGCCAUCAUCAUCUUCCAUGGGACCAUUCUUUUUCUCUACUGUGUGCCCAACUCCAAAAACUCUUGGCUCAUGGUCAAGGUGGCCUCCGUCUUUUACACAGUGGUCAUCCCCAUGCUGAAUCCACUGAUCUACAGCCUCAGAAACAAAGAUGUGAAGGAAACAGUCAGCAAAUUAAUCAAUACAAAACUAUUGCGUCAGUUAAUGCGAAAUGACUAA